AUGAGUUACAAUUCAAUAUGGAUUUUUUUUCUGAUCUUACAAGCCUUCGCCACAUCGCUACCCAUACAAAAUCGGUACGGUAUGGCCGUCAUCGAUAAUGAUCAAAAAUCAAUAAACACAUCACCUGAAGUUACAAAAUAUGACGACACAUUAGAUUCGGGAAAAGAGCAAAUUAUAUCUGUAAGGAUUACAUCAUCAGUAGCGGUCGGAAGAGGAAAAGAGAAAUUACCUUACAAACCUAUGCAAAAGUCUGAACCUGAGAUAAAGCACACUCACUCAGAAAUUCUAUCUGCAGAAACGGCCACUGAAGGGGCCAUCAAGGAACUCACAUCAGAUCAACGGCCAGGUCUCGUAGGUGCUAAUAUCGAGUACAUUAAGCAAUUAAACGCUAAAAAGGAAUCUAAAGGUCACACCGAAGAGUCAUAUUAUCCAAGUGAAAAUGAAUCUAAUCCAACCGAAACUCCUACAAAUAUUGAGGAGUACGAUGAGGAUAUCAGAGAUAUUCCAACCGCUAGAAAAGUACCUUCUACGUCCAAGGAUAACCGAUUUUACACAUUCAAAGAUAAUCGUGAAUUUGAACUAGAUAAUAUUAAAGUACCAGUAGAAUUCGGACUGGGUAAAAAUACAAACUCUAAUAGAAGUGUAAUUAAUGAAACAAUUCCACAAAUAACAGCUCAGCAAAAAAAUACAAAAGAGAUACGAGACAUGAACGCUUUUGUGUCUGAUAGUGAUAAUUACCAAAUUGACGACUCUAUAGCAGAAUCUUCUAUAAAGUCAAUAGAAUUCGCAAAAACAGCAGCAACAGAUACGCCACCGACCAGUUACUAUCACAGUUCAUCAAACGGACACCUUAAAAAUGAACAAAGUAAUUCAAGACUAACCACCGUUAGUUUUAAUAUUGUUCACGACGUAUCAAAACCAUAUAACAACAACGAUCGUGGAGAAUCUUAUGUACCUAUAAGUGUAACCAACCAGCACCAAUUUUAUUCCCCAAAAAUUUAUAGUCAACCUUCACAAAUAUACAGUGAACCUUCAAAAUUUUACAGUGAACCGUCUAAAAUUUAUAGUGAACCUUCUAAAAUAUAUAGCGAACCUGCGAAAGUGUACAGUGAACCCGCAAAGAUUUACAGUGAACCUGCUAAGUUUUAUAGCAAGCCUGCUUCUUUACACUUGGAUCACAAUGUUCCUCAAGUACCCCCAACCUCCCUUCCUAAUUACCCUACAUGGCAAAGACAACCUCCUCGGCCAGUCGGAAGCAGUAAUACUGUAAACACUACUCCAGGUAGCACAAUGACUCACUCAUAUCAAAUGAGCAGCACACAAAUAGAACAUCAACCGGAGAGAAAUUACGAAGUGGAGGAAAAUAUAAGUGUUAUAACCGAUGGUAGAAGUCAUAGCGUACAAGAAUCAAGUACUGAAAAAUGCAAACAAGAUAAUUGUAAAGUGGGUUAUGUUGUUGAGGGGCGGCAAUACAAGAAAUACAGAGUAGAAGAGAGAACGUCAGACGGCUUCAUUGUCGGUGAAUACGGUGUAGUUAGGAACGAGGAUGGUGCAUUGCGGGGCGUGCGCUAUACCGCCGACAGUGACGCCAGCCCUCGCCUCAUACACGACGCGCUUAUGAAGUUCCUACAGCUCAAAUAG